GGGUAGCACUGAAACUUGGUUUUGAUCCUCCACGCUCCCCUGCUGUCCCUUGGUGCCCUGAUGGCUGGGUCGGGUACCUGGGGAAAUGUUACUAUUUCUCAGAGGCCGAAGGAAACUGGACCUUCAGCCAGAGCAAUUGCUCCUCCUUUGGCGCCUCCCUGGCUACGAUCGACACCCUGCCUGAAAAGGCUUUCAUGCUGCGCUAUAAAGGCCUUUCCGAGCACUGGAUCGGCCUGCGGAGGGAAGAGGGCGAGCCCUGGAGAUGGGUGAAUGGUGCAGAAUUCAACAACCUGUUUGAAAUCCGAGCCAACGGCAACUGUGCCUAUCUGAACGACAAGGCUGUCGGCUCCUCGUGGUGCCACACGCUGCGCAACUGGAUCUGUGCCCAACGCGAUGCGUACACAAAGGACUAGGGAAAAACCAACGCCGCAGUGCCUGACGUGCGUGGAACUGGUCAGGCCAGGCUUGUCAGACUUCCAAUCUGCUUUUGCUGCUGCGCUAUCCGCAUAUAUUGCAACGGGAGGAGCCCAGUCAUUGCCGCGGUCAUCUGUGCUGCUGUAACGUGACAGCGCCACCUGCAGGGCGCCGAUAAGAUGGCUGGCGAGUUCCAGACUCCGGGCUACCGUUGAUUGAAGCAUUUCCUUGCUGCCAAAGGGCUGCUCCAGGAGAAGAGCAAUGCAGAGCUGACUCUUCCGUGCUAUGUUGGGUGCUGGUGGCCGGGGCGCAAACGGUGCCGCUGAGUGACUUGCUGCUGAUCCCUUCUCUGAGGAUAUUUACAUCACAGGGGCACCCCUAGGCUCCAGUCAAAGUCAGGGGCCCCAUUUUGCUGGCUGCUGUCCAAACAAACUUCAGUAAGACUCGUCCACCACCCCAGAGAACCUCACAGCCACAAACGGGAUGCCAGGGAAAAGGGAUACGGCUGGGGCAGAAUGGCUGGGGCUUCCUACUGCCGCAUGCUUAAAUGCAGCCCUUGUCUGUAUUUAUUUCUUAAUGUGUUUGUGUCCGACCCAGCAGAGUCUGAUCUCUCCUUUCUAGAGGUGAUGGGCUGAUGAAUCUCAUCAGGAAUUCGUUCCCGAAAGGGGUAUCCAGUCAUUUAAAAGCCUUUAGACAGAUGCUUUUGAAACUCCCAUCCAAGUGUCUUACAACUUGGAGGUAAUCUCUUUUAUUGGACCAACUUAGAACAUAAG